GAUUGCUGGGUUUCAAAACAAGGAAGAUACUACAGUAUAUAGAGAAUACAGCAGGAAAUAAAGACGAUGUUAAAACAGUCACGCGUUUUAUCAUGAGCGUGUUAAAGACCAGAUUGCAACUGACACCGUAAGGAACAUGGUGUUUUAACUUCUCGAAUGAAGAUAUGGCAGAACUCACAAAAGACGACAAAACCACCAGUGAGUAUCGAAUUGUGCUUCUGGGGAAGACGGGUUCUGGAAAAAGCACGACAGCAAAUGUUGUUUGUGAUCGAGAUGUUUUCUGUUCAAGCGUGUCUGAAUCGUCUGUCACUAAGACCUGCCAGUAUGCUGAAACGUGUCGUUUCGGUUAUGAACUGAGUAUAGUAGACACCCCGGGAUCUUUCGAUACAGCUACAGCCAAUGACGUCAUCAUGAAGGAAGUGACGCGUUGUUUGGCGUUGUCAGCUCCUGGUCCCCACGUAUUUAUUUAUGUUUUCAAUGCGCUAUCAAGGUUCACCAAAGAAGAGGAAGAUUCAAUCAAUCAAUUUGUGGAAAAUUUCGGGGAGCGAGUCUUCGAUUACAUGAUGGUUAUAUUCACACGAUAUGACGAUUUACAACGGUGCUCAACUUCACCCACGAAGUACCUCUCCAGUAUAUCUCCUAAAUUUAGAGAAUUUUUAAACAAUUGUAAAUGGAGAAUAUGCUGGUUUGAUAACACACUCAGUGGUAUGGGAGCACACAAACAGGUUCAAUCACUUCUUAGUUUGGUUGCGAGGACCGUAGAGGAAAAUGGUUGUAUCAGUUAUUAUACAAACGCGUUAUACACGGAGGCCGAGAGAAUGAUGAAAAAGAGAGAGGAGGAACUAUUGAAAGAUCAAAAAGAAAAUGAAAAUGAAAUGAGGUAUUUGAAAAUACGCGAAGAGCACAUUCAGAAGGAAAAGGGAUCGAAAGAAUGGAGAUUAAAAGACAUCGAAAGAAGAAUUGAAGAACUGGACCAAUCAACGGAGGGGAAGCGCGUCAGUAGAAAUUCAAAACCGCCAUCUAGAUGUGGUUCAGCAGAGUCUAAUCUAGAACGAGAAGUCAAAUUUCUUAAGAUUGAGAUGGAGAAAAUAAAACAUAAGGACUUGGUGAUGAUUGAAAAACAGCAUGGACAAAUUCAGGAACGAAGGGCUCGCUUAUCCAAGAAGCAACAUAGAGCGCACCCGAGAUCAAUGGCCCGGAAAGAACUAUCGAAAAGAAAUAGCUCUCUUAGUAACUUGAUAUGCAAAGGAAUCGUCGCAUUGGGCAAACAUUUACUGACUGGAAUCGUGGGGCUUUUGUUGCUGUAAACACAGGCAAUUAACAAUACAUGUAUAUUUCUCUUAGUUUUAGUAAUCUGGAUUACCACUCUUGCAUUUAUCUUACUGACAAGAAAGGUAAACUUGUAUGACGAAAGGGUUUUUUUUUUUUGUCCGAUUAUUGAAAAUUAAAAAUUGUUGGGUUUUUUUUUCUCCUCUCAAAAAUUUAUUUAACCAACUUUUGUUGAAAAUAUUUUUUGUUUUUUUUAAAGAAAAAUAGUUUCAAGUCAAGUAAUUGAAGAAGUUAAGGGGGUACUCUACAUUGUCAUAAUGGCUGACUUCCGGAUUAUUAAGCGUAAACUGCACCAAGUUACAUUAUAUCGUAUAACAUACCCCGGUAGGUCAAAAUUAACUUCAUUCCUUAAAUGAAAACAUAAAUUUCAGUAAUAUUUUUAAAUUCAUUAAAAAUAGCAAUGCCUACUUGAGUAGCUCGGUAUGUUAGCACGUCACGAGUUCGAGUUUAGCCGGGUUUUAAAUUUUGUAAAAUGCUUUCUACUAAAGCUGCAUUUAUUGGCUAAAUAAAGUAAAUGUGAAAGUUGUCAACUUGAAAAUAUUAUUGUACAUAACCUCCUCUUUUCAUCCAAAUAAAUUUUUUCUGGUUUAUAGCAUUCCUCCUUAAAUGGACAUAACUAACUAGAUGACAAACGUCAAUAGUUAUACGAACGAUCUUAAACCUCAAACUUAAAUCUCAGACGGGAUGGUUUCAGUUUCUCCAUCGUCAACUUCCCAUAUUUAUGCAGCAACAUUCCAUAAUCACCUGCAUAUGGUGUUUAUAUCUCUCAACUGAUUCGAUACGCAUUAAUUAGCUUGUUCUGUUAGUUUUUAAAUCGUGGCAGGCUACUGCUAAACAAGUUGAUGGUACAGGGGUUUCAACAAUCUCGUUUAUAGUAAGCAUUUCCCAAAUUCUAUGGUCGUUAUAACAAUCUAGUUGCCAAUACAACUUAUCAGUGGGUCAAAAACUGUCUGAUGUUUUUCAUACGGAUUGUUAGACCGUUCUUGGCACACUGAUUUCGACUACGGAUAACUGUUUGUCUGAUAAAGAUAUAGGGCUCACGGCGGUAGUGAACAGUCGACGGGAUGUUUACUCCUUCUAGGCACCUGGCCCCUCUCUGGUGUGUCAAGGUCUCCGUGUUUGCCCAACUAUCUAUUUUGUAUUGCUUAUAGGAGUUAUGGGAUUGAUCACUGUUCGUUAUCUUCACUUUUCAGGGCCGUAAAUUAACCUUCAAUUUGGAGGAGGCAGGAAAUUAGGCGGGGGUCUGGGGGCCGCCCAGGCCCCCAGACGCUGAGCACAUUUUGUGCACACUGAACACGUUUCGUGCAAAAUCCUUGAUUCUAGGGCCUUCUAAGAUGUUACUUGACUAACUCAUUCUAAAAGAAAGAUUUGGAAUGCUUUUUAAGGGAGGUAUCAUGUUCUUAGUUAUUGGAAACAACAUAAAUUCUAAUGAACUUUAAAUUUUAAUUUUUUUUGGCUCAAAAGUUGGAGGAGGCAGCUGCCUCCUCCGCCUCCAUGUAAUUUACGGCCCUGCUUUUCACCACUAGGACGCAUCAGGACAACACACCAUUAAAGGGAUACUGUUAGUGUGCAAACAUUCGUAACUCAUAAUUCAUCCAUAAUAUACGUUAUGAACAAUUGCUGUUGCGUUUUUAAAGUCCGUCAAAUGGUGUAGCUCGUUAAACGAGAACAACAAAAUAAUAAAACACGUUCGAUUACUAGAGUAUCCGUGCAGAAUUCUUCGCCAUGAAACGAGAUGUGAUCCAGAUGUAUAUGUAAUAUCUUGUUGAGAUAUCCAAUAGGAAUAUGUUGAGAAUUAUGAGUACUUUUAUACAGAGAUAGCAGUUAUGGGCGUUCCCGUCAACGGAUCGAUAUAAGAUUCGGAUUUUGUAAAUAAGUUCCAGCCUGAACAAACUGUAUGUAGGUGGCAAGGAAUAGUUUUUAACUAUAAGUACCCGUCAUUUUCUGUUUUACAAAAAUGAGAAUUUGUGUCUUAUGAAAAUGACUGAAAUGAUUUUUAAUGAUGAUACUGGGUCAGAAGGCGGUUUUAUUUUGUUUAUUUCUCUAUUUUAUGUCCCUUUGAUAAUUUUCCACUCAUAUUGAGACAUCACCAGCUGUAGGUGAAGUACCACUUUAGAUCUACAGUACAGACCACGAGUAAAACCAACAAACACCAUGAUUGGUCCCUCUCCUUCAUAUUUCAACACAGUUGAUAAAAUAGAUCUUUUAAAAUAUCACUGUAGGAAACCCACCGUUGAUUACGCUUCGUUCCUCUCUCCAUCAGAUGGAGAGAAGAACGAAUCGUAAUCAACCGUGGGUUUCCGACGAUGUUAAAUUAUCUACUUGUAUAAAUCGUUCUAGAAGCUCUGUGCAAAAUCUAUAAAUGUAACGCUGAAGCAAAAUAAUGGUAGUAAUAACAUAAGAUAGAUAAAUUAAUCAAUUUAGAAAAGCAACAACCAAAAAAAAAAAAAACCCAGUGGGUUGACAAAUGUGCGUAACAUAGAUACAAUUUAAUCCCUUGUAAGUUAGUUCCUUCGUGACAUUUAUAAUCCUUCUGUCAUUGCACGAUAACAGUAGUUUCCUUAUAACAAACACCAGGGAUAGCGGGAUUUGCAGCUUUGAGAGAAAAUAGAGUAGGCCUUAUCGUUUCUAUUUUAAUACGUAAUGUUCAGACACCGUUUAAGUGCAUGCAUACUCCUGCAGAUUGGCUUGUAUGCAAACUUUCGAUAAGACGUUGAUGCAAAGAAGGUUUAGAUUUUGUUUAGUCUUUUAAUUAGAUAUAGGGCUCACGGUGGGUGUGGCCAGCCGACAGGGCAUGCUUACAUCUCUUAGGUACUGUACCUCACCCCACCUCAGGUGUGUCCAGGGUACGUGUUUGCCUAACUCUUAAUUUUGUAUUCUUUAUAGAAAUGUUUUUUGUUAUAUCGAAUUGUUCACUCAUGAUAAAGAUGUCACAACUUUUGGGCGAAUUACCAAGGUACAUUGUAUGUCCAGUGCACGAUGUAUUUUCGAUAUCGUCGACAUCGAUGUGUAUAUAACAUCUUUGUUGUCUUGACAACAUACUAUCCUGUUUUUAUCGAUCACAUCUUCGACAUCUAUAAUCGCAAUGUUAAACGAUAUGGAAUCGACAUUGUACAAUGAUGUACCCCCUACCCUGUUUACUUCGUGGACCAUGCAUCUACAUCAUGUCAACCAUGUAGCGGUCAGUGUAGGAGGGAACUUAUACUGCCUCGCUAGAGAGCUAGCUUUUCUACUGAUGUGCUAGAGUGUCUCUCUCUUGAUCACGUAAGUUAAGCAACGGUGAGCGUGAUCAGCACUUAGCUGGGUGACCGCUACACGUUGCAAUAUCAAAAUGUUAGACAGUAUGAUAUCGGAUAGAUUCUAAAAAUCACGGAUACCAAAGUUACGAAAAUCCCCUAAAUUAUGGGAGGGGGAUCCCGUCUUAUGAUAAAGAAUGAAGGUAUUAUAAUGUAAAGGGUUCUUGUAAAUAGCAACAUGAUUUUUUUUAUAUAACCCAUGUUAUGAUUUGAUAUCUAAAACAGGCGCAAAAUCACAAUGAAAUGCACAUUAUUUGUGAUCUGGUACAAUGUUAAGAAUCAGGUGUUUGACAAUUUUUAUUCUAAUUAUAGCAAUUGUUCUACUCAUAUGUAUCAAUAAAAAGAUAUAAUUUUCUAAAA